CGCCGAACCUGCUCUCUCUUCCCCGCCCUCUUGGGUCGGCGCACACUUCCGCCUCGGGAGCAGAGCCGCCGCGCCCCGACUUCCCAGCAUGCCCCGCGCGGUCUCCCUGGCAACGGUGCCCAACAGGCGCGGCCGGCGGUGGUCCUGCAGCGCGGCGGGUGCCGCUGCCCCCACGUUGAGGCCGGCCCACGUACGUCCCAGUUACGGUCGGGCUCUGGGCAUGCCCCCUGCACCGCCGCUCCUCCGCCCUCGACCCGGAAAGGCAUUGACUCACCCGACUUGGAUGAAUUUGACCAUCUCCUAGGAGACUUGAAUGUUAACGUUUCUGUAAACAAACCAGUUCUCUCUUGUUUGGAGCAAUGCUGAAAUUCCAAGAGGCUGCUAAGUGUGUGAGUGGAUCAAUAGCCAUUUCCACUUAUCCAAAGACCUUGAUUGCAAGAAGAUAUGUGCUUCAACAGAAACUUGGCAGUGGAAGUUUUGGAACUGUCUAUCUGGUUUCAGACAAGAAAGCCAAACGAGGGGAGGAAUUAAAGGUACUGAAGGAAAUCUGUGUUGGAGAACUCAAUCCAAAUGAGACUGUGCAGGCCAAUUUGGAGGCCCAGCUCCUUUCCAAGCUGGACCACCCAGCCAUUGUCAAGUUCCAUGCAAGUUUUGUGGAGCAAGAUAAUUUCUGCAUUAUCACGGAGUACUGUGAGGGCCGAGAUCUGGACUAUAAAAUUCAGGAAUAUAAAGAAGCUGGGAAAACCUUUCCGGAAAGUCAAAUAAUAGAAUGGUUUAUCCAGCUGUUGCUAGGAGUUGACUACAUGCAUAAAAGGAGGAUACUUCAUCGAGACUUGAAAUCAAAGAAUAUAUUUCUGAAAAAUAAUCUACUUAAAAUUGGGGAUUUUGGAGUUUCUCGACUCUUAAUGGGAUCCUGUGAUCUAGCCACCACUUUAACUGGAACUCCCCAUUACAUGAGUCCGGAGGCUCUGAAACACCAAGGCUACGACACAAAGUCGGACAUCUGGUCUCUGGCAUGCAUUUUAUAUGAGAUGUGCUGCAUGAAUCAUGCAUUCACUGGCUCCAAUUUCUUGUCCAUUGUUUUAAAAAUUGUUGAAGGCGACACACCUUCUCUCCCUGAGAGAUACUCAAGAGAACUGAACUCCGUCAUGGAAUGCAUGUUGAACAAGAAUCCGUCGUUGAGACCAUCUGCUAUAGAAAUUUUAAAAAUCCCUUACAUUGAUGAACAACUACAGCACCUGAUGUGUAGAUAUUCGGAAAUGACUCCGGAAGACAAGAAUUUGAAUUGUCAGAAGGAGGCUACUCAUAUAGUUAAUGCUGUGCAAAAAAAGAUCCACCUGCAGACUCUGCGGGCGCUGUCUGAAGUGCAGAAAAUGACACCAAGAGAAAGGAUGCGGCUGAGGAAGCUCCAGGCAGCUGAUGAGAAGGCCAGGAGGCUGAAAAAGCUUGUGGAAGAAAAAUAUGAAGAAAAUAACAAACGAAUGCAAGAAUUGAGAUCUCGGAACUUUCAACAGCUAAGUGUUGAUGUACUCCAUGGAUUUGAUGACCCAACUUCAGAGAACCUGCCUGAAUCUCAGCCCGUUCCUUCCCCGGACCUCAGCGCACUUGAGUCAAGUGUAGAGGACACCAUAGCUGACCCUGGAGAUCAUGAGAUCCCAGAAGACCCCCUUAUGGCUGAAGAGUAUUAUGCUGACGCAUUUGAUUCCUGUUCUGAAGAAAGUGAGGAGGAGGAGGAAGAAGAAAUAGUGUUCUCAGGACCGGAGGAAGAGGUCAAGGAUGAGGGACCCCAGCCAGCUUACCGAACAAACCAACAGGACAGUGAUAUUGAAGCACUGGUCAGAUGUUUGGAAAAUGUCCUGGGUUGCACCUCUCUAGACACAAGGACCAUCACCAGUACAGCUCGGGACAUGUCCCCAGGAGCAACAAUUAUCAACAGUGCGAUGGCCGGGACCAAGAUGAAACGCAUGAGGGAAUCAGCGGUGCAGAAGCUGGGCGCAGAAGUAUUUGAGGAGGUCUACAAUUACCUCAAGAGAGCAAGGCGGCAGAAUGCCAGCGAGGCCGAGAUCCGGGCAUCUCUGGAAAAAGUGGUGCCUCGGGCCAGUGACUGUUUUGAAGUUGACCAGCUCCUCUACUUUGAGGAGCAGUUGCUGAUCACAGUGGGAGAAGGGCCCACUCUCCCGAACCAUCACAAACAGUUGUCAAAAGCAAGCAAGUUCAAGGAGACAAAUUUCUGUGAAAAUCCAUUCAGCACAUAAACUGGACUCUGUCAUGGGGAAUGGGUACAUAGCUGAGCUACCAUCUUUACAUUCAAUUUCUUGUCAAAAGGAAUGCCUCCUUUAGAGAGUAGUGAACAGGUCUGCCUACACUAGAGUCCUGGGCCAGUCAGAGAUGUUUGGGUUAUUCUCUGGGAUAAGCUUAUGGAUCAAAUUUGGCUUCCUGAAAAGCAUUCCCGCCCACAAGCCCUAAGGGCUUCCAGGGGGUUGGACCAUCCUGCCCAUGCGCUGGGAGAAGCCGUCUGCUCCUUCCCAUUUCCACUUGGAGCACAGUCUCAGUGCCUGACUGCCUUGGGUCGCUGUGCUCUGUGGCCAGCCUGCUCCUGAAGGUCGUUGGCACUGGUCUCUGACACAGGUGACCUGUUUUUGGUCCACUUUUGCCCUUCCCUGGCUAGCAAGCAAGAAGAGCAUAUAUACAAGGACCUGGACUGAAAAUCCAGAAAGUGAUUUCCUUCUGUGGUUUAUUCUCCCAACUCACCCAUGGAG